ACCGCUGAAUUUGUUUACCUAAUUUUGAUUCAAUGGUUUUUAGAAUGCCGAGAAAAGUGUUAAGUAUUAACAAAGAAGACAAGUCCAAAGUGGCGAUAAUCAUCUUUACACAUAUAUUUUUUGCGAGGUUCAAAUGGAAGUUGAACAACACCAAGAACUAGAAGUGGCCCAAGUCACCUCAAAAGUAUACGAUAUUAUCCAUCCGACUCCAGUAUCGUUGAAACAACUAUCGGCAAUCGCCAUUAGUCUAGAAAUAUGGCGACGUAAAGUGAAUGAAUAUCGCACAGAUGGAAAAUUAAAAGAAUUUGACCCAUGCAUCCUGCGAAAAGAAACUACCUGGAUGAAAACUAUGCUUCCUGAUUUACCGUCCACGAUUUACAAGACGAUCGAACAAGUUGUCUCAAGAUUUGGGUAUUCCCUGGAACGUUGGCGAUUUCAGCAUUUUAGCAAAGGAUUUUUUUUUCAAUACAGUGAUGAGAACUCUGUUUUGGAAGACUUCGAUGAUUUUUCGUGCGAUUAUGACGGCUCCAUUCAUUAUGUCAGAACAGCAGAACAUAUGAUGCGUUGUGAACGAUUCGAUUCGGAAAUGAAGUUUAUAGUCGCUUGUUUGUAUUUCUUCGAAGACGACAUCAGACGUAUUUGGCCAUCUGUAACGGAUAACGUGAACAUAGAUUUUAUUGAUUUUCACAAAUGCCCGCUAUUGUAUUUUUGGACUUGCCGUCUCGAGAAUGAAUUGCACAAAAUUCCAAGGUGGGAUGGUCGAACUGUCGAUGAAAUCAUGUUUAUGUCAUUUAUGAUGCCUCAUAAUAGACCUUCCGUGGAGUAUUUUUGGAAUCGUAUGCCUCUCGAAAAUCAAAUGCAAAGAACGGUUUUCCACCUAGAUAGUUAUGAUUUUGUUAGAUUCAUUUUACCAAAACUGGAUGAUGAGCAACUCGAUAAAUACAUCAACGAUGGGUAUGGUGCUGAUCGCUUGUAUACCAUGUUUCUAGAACUUCAUUUCGAUGAAUGGGUCGUGCUGAGAACUUGGUUCCACAUUAGGAACAUUAUAAAGGAGAGUAAUUUUACACGUUUGAUCGUUCGAAUGUUUGAAAUUAACAAUAAUAAUGACGAUGAGUUCUAUGAACAGGAAAAGUGGGAAUAUUUGUGUUGUCAGAUAUGGAACCAUUCGCUUCCUACUUUAAAACCAUGUUUGAUUAGAGUUAUCUCAUCUGAUAGUAGCUGGUUGCAAGUUUUUGAUCAGAUAAACUUCGAGUUACUAUUGACUAUUCUGCAAGAUGCAUCUUUGGAAGAAAGAAAUUUAUUCUUGCGUAAUUGCUGGAGUGCGUUAAGUAAACGAGUUCGAAGAAAAAAUUUGCAACGAGUAAUAGAAUUGUGCUUUGAGAACGAAGAUGAGAUUAAUCAGUUCAAGCAAAACGUCGUAAUUAACAGCAGAGAUGUCCUUCAAUACUGUGCGGCAUUAUUGGAAGAUUCGUGUUUCGAAGAAUUGAACGCCUUUGUGAGUUUCUGUUGUGCCGAAUUGCAAGCAGCGAGGAAUUUUAAACAACGAAUAUUGCAGUCGGCUUAUCUCGAUCAAUAUUGCAUACUCACUUCCGACAAUUUCAGUAGAAUCGGAGACCUCAAUGAAUUUGUUAAUGACGCUUUCGACAACGUUGAUGUAUCCACCGAAUUUGAAAAUAUGCUGAUUUCGUCCUCUACAUUUAUGUUGCGUCUAUGGUACUUGAUGUUCGAUCGACAUGUUUCUUCGGAAACGAUCAUCAAAUUUAUUACUACUCUGUUUUCAACGGAAGAAACAGUAAUGCGAGUCAAAAAGAGUUGGAUUGAUUCGUUUAAAGAACAAUUGACGACUAAGGUCCAUCUAUUUAGUGACCCUGAGUUGUACCCGACUUUAUUAUGGUGUUUGGGAAGUAACGAAGCAGUUGAAGAAUUCAAACUGAACUGCAUGUCGCAGUAUAAGAGCCAGAUGGCAUUGAUUUUACAAAAUGAUCAGUUCAAAAUCGUAUCGGUUUGUUAUGUGUGGGAUUGGAUGUCAAGGUAUUAGGUACUUACGUACCUACCUUUUACCAUUCACGCAUAUACAAAUUGCUGGCCACUGCUCAGUUAUCUGAACAGUCGGCAUAUCGUUGUGAGAGACAAUGAUUCAGCCAGUCGAUAAAUAAACUAUGGUUGAUAAACCUCCUCUCGUCUUGUCUAACGUAAUAAUAACAUAACUUCAAAGUGUUUGUGAUUUUUUUAUUCUAACAGGCAUGAAACUCACAGUCAGUCCCUUGAAAAGUGACUUUGUCACGAUUUCACUUGCAAGUCACUUUUUGUCACUAUAUUUCGGCAAAAAUGGGCAAAAAAGUGACCUUGGUCAUUUUUUUAAAGAUUUGUCCUCUGUACAACAUUAUACCUUAGAUUUGGUCCAUUUUCAUUAGAAAUACUGUUAAAUAUUUUAUAACCUGCCUACAUGAUGAAAAGGUGGAACUUGUCUCCUUCCCCAGAAAAUGAGAAUAGAUGAAUAUUAUCACAUUUUUUCCUUCCACAUAAUGAUGAGCAUUGUAGAGGGAACUGAGAAAAGGUUUUUCUGGAAAAAAGAAUUAUCUAGAAGCAUUCUGCGCACAGAGAUGAAAAACGUUCACCUAAUUACGAGUACCUAUAGACAUCAAUUUUCAUCUUUCUCGAUAUUCUUCAAAUUUGGGGAUCUCAUAAAAGAGGACCACCCGCACCGUCAUUUGGAGAACAAAAGGGUGCUUUUCUUGAAAAAGUGGUUAUCUAGAAGUAUACUCUGCUCAGAAAUGAAACAUUAUCAAAAAAUCUGUAUAGAUAUGGAUUUUUCAUUUUUUUUUUUUGUUAGCUUUGAGGAGCUUUAUGGGUAAUCAACAUGAUUUGGGAGACCAGGGGCAUGGUUUCUCUCGAAAAAGUCCUUAUUCAGAAAGAUUCUGCACAUAAAUAUAAAAUUGCAACCUACAGCCAUCAAUUUCAUUUUCCCCUUUGAGGAGCUCCAUGCAAGUGAGCCAAAAUCAUUUGGGGGUUCCAACAAUGGUUUUUUCUUGAAAAAAGGGUUGUGUAGAACAAUUCUAAUGUGGAAAUGAAUAAUUUUCAUCAAAUUUUCCAUAACUUUGAUUUAUUAUCAUUUUUUGUGAUUUUUUUAACUUUGAGGGGCUCCUUACUAGGGGGCCAAUAUGGUUUGAAGGGCCUGGGAAAUUUUUUUCUUGAAAAGGGGAUUAUUUAGAAACAUUCUGGCGCAGAAACAAAAAAUUUUCAUCAAUAGAACUUUUUUUUGAUUUUUUUCCCACUUAGGGGGCUACCGGCACCACUUUUUUUUACAGAUGAGGGGGGAAUAAAAAAUAGGGAA